AUGGAGAAAAGCGAGAAGGGCCCCGUUGUGACGGGAGAGAAUGCCUCCAACCUGCCACCCUAUGCAUCGAGCGACGAUGCCCAUCAAGAAACUGCUGAACGGCCGCUCGGCUUCUGGACGCGAAUGGGCUGCACACCAGAGUCUUUCAAGCGACGAACGCUUGCUGACAAGCACAACCAGCUGAAUCAAACGCUCAAGGGCCGACAUCUGCACAUGAUUUCGAUUGGAGGCAGUAUUGGUGCUGGCUUGUUUGUUGGUUCUGGUAGUGCUCUCUCCCGCGGUGGUCCCGCAACUUUGAUCAUUGACUUCGCACUGAUCGGUGUGAUGAUCUUCAACGUCGUCUUUGCCCUUGGUGAAUUGGCCAUCAUGUAUCCUAUCUCUGGUGGCUUCUACACCUAUUCGACUCGCUUCAUUGAUCCUUCCUGGGGUUUCGCUAUGGGAUGGAACUAUGUCUUCCAAUGGGCAAUUGUUCUACCACUUGAGCUCACAGUUGCUGCCUUGACAAUUGGCUAUUGGCAAAUACAAGUUAGCGUUGGUGUUUGGAUCACAGUAUUUGCCGUUGCCAUUGUCUUGAUCAAUGUUUUUGGUGUCCUUGGAUAUGGCGAAGAAGAAUUUUGGUCCAGUAUCCUGAAGCUUGCCGCUGUCGUAAUCUUCAUGAUCAUUGCCCUUGUCUGCACGUUAGGCGGCGGUCCAAAGAACGGCAUAUAUUCCGAAUACUGGGGUGCGCGUCUUUGGUAUGACCCAGGAGCAUUUAAAAAUGGCUUUAAAGGAGUGUGUGCCGUUUUUGUUACUGCCGCCUUUGCCUUCUCUGGAACCGAACUUGUCGGAUUAGCUGCUGCCGAAUCUAAGAACCCUGUUAAAUCUCUUCCCUCCGCGGUCAAGCAGGUCUUUUGGCGUAUUACCUUGUUCUACAUUCUUGGUCUCUUCUUCGUGGGCCUUCUCGUCCGAUCUGAUGACCGCCGUCUCCUCGGUACCGCCGGAUUUAUUGAUGUUAAGGCAUCUCCAUUUGUCAUUGCUGCCAAAGAUGCUGGUCUUAAUGGCUUUGAUAGCUUCAUGAAUGUUAUCAUUCUUGUCUCUGUCCUUUCCAUUGGCAACUCUGGCGUUUAUGGUGGAUCACGUACCCUGACAGCCCUUGCUGAGCAGGGAUAUGCACCAAAAUUUUUCACCUAUGUUGACCGUGCUGGACGUCCACUCUUCUCAACCAUUACCGUCAUUUCUUUCUCUUUGCUUGCGUACAUUAACCUUAGCGCCGACGGACAAGAAGUAUUUGACUGGCUUCUUGCAUUGUCUGGCCUUGCGGCUUUGUUCACCUGGGGCAGUAUCUGCGUUGCUCACAUUCGCUUCCGAUCUGCCUGGAAAUACCAUGGCCAUACCGUUGAUGAACUGCCCUUCAAAGCUGCAUUGGGAGUUACUGGUUCCUGGAUUGGCCUUGGUCUCAUUGUCAUGGUCCUUGUCGCACAGUUUUAUAUUGCUGUCUGGCCUCUGUCUGGCGGUGUGAACGAUGCCAAGGGUUUUUUCAAGCAGUAUCUCGCCAUGCCUGUUGUCCUGUUUUUCUGGGUCUGUGGUUAUUUCUGGAAACGUGAGGGUUGGCUCAAACUGAGCCAAAUUGACGUUGACUCUGGUCGUCGCGAGAUAGAUUGGGAGGCGCACCACGCCCAGCAGGAGAAGAUCCGAAACUCUGGUCCCAUUAAGCGCAUUUUUUACUGGCUCUUUUAG